AUGUCGUUACAACAAGCCAACCAGUUGGAUGAGGAAUUUCCAACCUAUAAGCUGGAAUUCGCCAUCCCAACAUUUGAAACCUUAGGAAUCUCCCCACCUAGUGUUACCAAUGGCCCCACACUUACUCCCUCCACCGAAUCCAUAUACCUUUGUGGUAACUCCCUUGGCCUUAUGCCAAAACAAACCAAAACAGCCAUUUUAGCAGAAUUGACUGCCUGGGAACAUCGUGCAGUUGAGUCCCACUUUAAUCACCCUCUGAGCACUCCAUGGGUAGACAUUGACUUGCCUCUCCUUCCUUUGGUGGCCCCAAUUGUCGGAGCUAAAGAGAAUGAAGUUGCGGUAAUGGGAUCACUUACUGCCAAUUUAAACGCUUUGUUGAUCCAUUUCUAUAAACCAAAGGGUAAAAGAACCAAGAUCUUAUUUGAAAAACAGGCAUUUCCUAGUGAUUUCUAUGCAUUUUUAAACUUGGUGAAGUUGUUUGGAUAUGACGAAUCCCAUUUGAUUCAAGUUGGGGUCGAAAAGGGCAAGACCCAUCUUACCACCGAGCAAAUUAAACGAUUCGUCGAUGAAAAUAUCGAUGAACUUGCUCUUGUGUGUUUUCCAGGGAUUCAAUACUAUACCGGACAAUUAUUUGAUAUCGCUGAGAUAACCAGAUACAUCAAGGAAAAAUCAUCUGAUAUCAAAGUAGGGUGGGAUUUGGCCCAUGCGGUUGGUAAUGUCCCAUUACACCUCCACGAUUGGAAUGUGGAUUUCGCAGCAUGGUGUUCAUACAAGUACUUGAACUCGGGACCAGGAGGUAUUGCCGGAAUAUAUGUCCAUGAACAUUAUACCCGCGAUAACACCACGGGACAUUUCCAACCGAGAUUGGCCGGUUGGUGGGGGAACAACCUGGAUGAAAGGUUCAAGAUGCUUGAAAAAUUUGACCCAAUUAAUCUGGCGCUUUCAUACAGAAUGUCCAACCCAAGUGUUAUUGACACUGUUGCGGUCAGAUCAUCGCUUGAAUUAUUUGCUAAAGUAGGUGGGGUUGAAACUUUACGUAAAAAAUCGAUAAAGUUAACACAAUUCCUUCAAGAUUUGUUAACUUCAAGCAAAUACUACAUUAAACAAGACGAUACUGAUGGUUCUAAACUCGGAUUCAAGAUCUUAACUCCAUUAAAUCCAAGUGAACGCGGGUGUCAAUUGUCAAUCUUGUUCCAACCUCAUUUUGAUGACAAGGAAAAGAAUGUCAUGGAAAGAGUGAACAAGUACUUACAUGAUAGAGGAAUUAUUUGUGAUGAAAGAAGACCCGAUGUUAUUCGUUUAGCUCCUUUGCCUUUGUACAACACUUUUACUGAGACAUAUCAUGCCAGUCAAAGACUCUUCGAGGCAUUGGAUGCAAUUGAACAGAACCAUACCCUUUUAAAAUAG